UGGUCUGUCCUUUGUGUGCUCGUCAAUAGCAAAUCAAUUGUUCAAGUGGCAAAGAUGGUCGAGGAAAUAUUUCUCAAUGUCCUGACACUAAACUGUUGGGGUAUUCCAUAUGUAUCUAAAAAUCGACUCAAUCGAAUGAAUGCCAUUGCUGAUAAGCUAACAAGCGAAGAUUGUGAUAUCGUUUGCCUACAAGAAGUCUGGUCUAUCAACGAUUAUAGAUUGAUUAAAGGAAAAACUAGGGAAAAACUUCCAUACUCUCAUUAUUUCUUCAGCGGUGUUCUUGGCUCGGGAGUAUGCAUGUUUUCAAGGUAUCCGAUAGAUGAUGUUAUAUUCCACAAGUGGCCUUUAAACGGCUAUGUGCAUAAAAUACACCAUGGUGACUGGUUCGGUGGCAAAGGAGUCGGCCUAUGCAGACUAAAAGUUCAUAAUCUCGAUGUCCAUGUGUACAUAGCUCACUUGCAUGCCGAAUACUGCAAAGAAAAUGACGAAUACACUGCUCAUAGAGUCUUGCAGGCUUUUGAUACUGCCCAGUUCAUACGUAUGACCAAAGGUGGUGCAGAUGCUGUGAUAUUAGGUGGUGAUCUGAACACGGAGCCACAAGAUUUAGCCUAUAAAAUUAUUUGUGGUGUUGCUGGCUUGAUGGAUGCUUGUGCUAAAAAGUCUGGCAGCCUAGGAACCAAUGAGUGUGCCAACAACAGCUAUACGGACUUGAGAGUUGCAGAGAAAGAACCCAAUGGCAAGCGUAUUGAUUACAUUUUGUACAUGGGUUCGAAAAAUUACAAAAUUGAAGUUAAUGACUUUUCUCAGCCUUUCCCUACAAGAAUUCCAGACACGAAUUUCAGUUAUUCCGACCACGAAGCCAUUAUGGCUUCUCUGAAACUGACCAAAGGUUAUCAAAGUGAGGAUGCCAACGUUGACAUUCGUACCUCUUUGAAAGAAGCAAUUAGCAUUUGUGAGAAAGCCUUACACAACAUUCACAGACAGCGCCUAUGGUAUUUAUUUUUUAGUUUUAUAUUAAUAAUUUCGUUGAUAUGGUCUAUGGGCCUCGAUUAUUUAAUCAGUAGUAUCAUACUUAGUAUUGGAUUCAAUAUAUUACGCCUAUUUUUGACGGCGGUACUAUGUUAUACUUUAUUCAUGAGUUCAUUGUGGAAUAGUCUUGAAAAAAAUGCUUUGAAAGCAGGAUGUUCAGCAAUGGAACUACAACUCGUGAGAUUAAGUAAAAACCUUGAUAAUAAUUGUAAUUUAUAGUAUAGGGUCAUACAUAUGUUUUAAUUUUUAAUGAUACACUUUUUCUUAUGACUUUCAAAUAUUCUUCAGUCAACUUACUUUCUUGAAGAGUAGUACAAUUUUUUCCCGCUAUCUACGUUAAUUGUCUUGAAUAAUUAACUGAAUACGAUGUACAUUUAUUUUGCAUUUAUUAACUUCUAAGAUGAUAAAAUAGUAUGUUAAAGUUAUUAACUUGUUAUUGCUCUUUAAACGUUAAAUACAUGAUUAAUGCAAAACAAUUUAAUGAUUGAAAUGUUAAAUGUACAAUAAAAUAUUUUUAUAAAAUUGUAUCGUAGAAGUUUGAAAAUAUUUUGAUAAGUAUGUUAAA